AAUAGGCGUGUGUUCGCUAAAUAAGUCACGUGCUCUUAAUAGAAGUUUAUGUCGCGACCUAACUGCCUUAUCGUCUGCUCUGCAUCACUGGAAGGCGUGUCAGCGCAGUCUUUCAUUCACUCACACACUCUGACGUCUUCUGCAUUUAACGUCCAAAUUGCUACACCCGAAGGACAGCCUAUUCGCUAUGUUCGACAAGACGACGGUAGCAGGCGGUGGCUGAACGAUUUCAAGGGAAAGCCAUCAUCACAACCUACACGACUGGAAAGUAUUGAUGCUUCAGUUUACUCAGCACUACUUAUACCUAGUGCCCCUGGAGCUUUGAGAGAUCUGGCUAAGAGUCAACACCUUGGAUGGAUCAUUAACUCAUUUAUGACUGAAGAAAAGUGCAUAUGUGCAGUGGGCGGUGGAGUUGCUGGCUUGUGUUCUUCUCUUAGCAAAGGCAAUGGCAGCCAUGUUUGGUGUUUCAAGAAUGUUUGUCUAACUGGGCCAUCUGUCAACGAAGUCGUCUCUCAACCUGACUUUACUGAGCUUCCUAUUAUUAUUGAAGACUUCUUAAAGGACCACGAGGCUGUCUACAGUGCUAGUCAACCGGAUUGUGUUCAUGUUGUCAUUGAUCGGAAUGUCAUAACAGGACAGAACGAUCAAUCUACUCUGUCUGCAGUUCAAAACCUCAUCCUUCUCUCCAACUCAUCAAGACAAGGCAAGCCUCGAUGAGUCAAUCAAAUUGUCAUCUACAGAAGCUUCAGUUUUCAUUGCUCAGUGAAGUGUCAUCAGACUGGGAAGUAUGUUACAUCUAGUGCUAGUUAAUAUAAUUACUCUACAAAACAUUUCAUAUUUUGCAUGUUACAAUAUAGUACAAAUGG